AGGCGCGGCGGCCGCGGGACCGCACUCUCGCCGCCGCCGCCGCGCCGCCCGAGCGAGCGCCAUGCAUGCCCCCACCUAGCGGGUGCACGCGCGCGGGCCUCAUGGGCACCGUGCUGAGCUUCAGCCCCCGCGAGCGCCGGCCCGCGGCCGUGGCGCCGCCGCCGGAGCGCGCGCCGCUCGCCUACUCGUACGAGCGCCUCAACAACGCCAAGAACCGCGAGAACCGCGACCCGCCGCGCGACGACCGCCGCGCCACGCUCGACGACGCCGCGCGCAUCAUCUCCGAGAAGACGGCGCUCGAGAAGAACCUCAAGAAGCACUCGCUGUUCAUCAACGCGCUGUCCUGGAAGCGGUUCUCGACGGCCAACAACAACAAGAAGAAGCUAGAAUGCAAGAGCAAGAGCGUGACGACGUUCCGCGCGCCGCUGGCGGACAACGCGCCGCUGGCGCUGGACCGCAACAGGAACCCGGUGCCGCGCGCGCCCGAGCCCGCCGCGCGCGCCAGCCUGCUCAACAACAACGUGUGCUGCGCGGAGAAGGCGGCCCCGGCGGCGCCCCCGCUGGCGCCGCGCAAGACCGUCAUCCAGGCGUCCACCAGCGAGCUGCUCAAGUGCCUGGGGGUGUUCCUGCACGCGCGCUGCCCGCGCCUGCGCGACUUCCAGGCGGGCGACGCCGUCAUGUGGCUGCGCACCGUGGACCGCUCGCUGCUGCUGCAGGGCUGGCAGGACGUGGCGUUCAUCAACCCGGCGAACGUGGUGUUCGUGUACAUGCUGGUGCGGGAGCUGGUGGACGGCGACCGUAUCGCCCGGCCGCAGGAGCUGCAGGCCGUGGUGCUCACCUGCCUCUACCUGUCCUACUCCUACAUGGGUAACGAGAUCUCCUACCCACUCAAACCCUUCCUCGUCGAAGAUUCAAAGGACAAAUUCUGGGACCGCUGCCUGCUAAUAGUCGACAGGCUGAGCUUCAACAUGCUUAGGAUCAACUCGGAGCCAGGGUUCUUCACUGAAGUGUUCACGGAGCUGAAGGCGUGUGGGGUCGUAGACAGCCCGGUGGUGGCGGCCCCCGCGCCCCCCCCGCACGCCAUCACCGCCGCCUGACCGCCCCGCCCCGCGCGCCGCGACCGCCCCUGCCUCGUCUAGGCCGGCAGUCAAGCCCCACGUAUUUGCUCAAUCCUUCUUUUACGUUCCGGAGUGAGGAACUAUGAUUGACUGGCGCGACGAGCGUGCGGGCUGAUUAGCGCAUCGCCAUACUUAUUUAAAUACUGUGUGAUACUUUGGUAGGACUGUCGAUAUGGCGACAGAACGGCAACGACGUCACAUAACAUGUUGUAAGCGCAGACUUACAAUUUAUUAUGCUGCACUCUUUCGUAUAUCACUUGUAUUGUUUAUCUGGUAGAUAAUUGUCUGGUAAUGUUACGGAGCCGCGCGCCGGCGGUUAGUUAGGUAGAUAAGGGGUUCUUUGUAGUUGAAUGAUCGUAUUGCCAUAGUUAGUUGAUGUAGCGACGCUGGGAGAGUGCAAUAUGCGGUGGAAUCGGUUCAUCCUUCUAUGAAGUGUACGUAAUACCGGCUCUAAGCGCGGGACUUGUUGUUUUGAGGCAAACAAUUCUUAUUAAUUAAAAAAAUAUAGGUCAAAUAUUACGAAUGAUUAAGCGUUUUGUACAGUAAAGUCGAGUAAAUAAAAUUUAGGCGUAAUCGUAUGUGGUAUCGAGAUGUUUCAAGUGGUGGGUGGUGAAUGUCUGUUCAGUGGUCACCAAUGCGAGUGCAAAGCAUUUCAAACACGAUAAAGUACCAUUAUAUUGUUAAAUCCAAAGUUUUCUUCGUAUUCUUGCAUUGGGUAAUUGAGAAAUGAAAUAAGUUCCUACCUAAAACCAUUUACAACGCCCCGUCUCGUCUACACUCAGAAUAAUGAACAUUUCAUAGAAUGGCGCUCGCAUUGGAGACUCACGGAACCGGGAGAAAGACUUGCAAGUCACGGAAAAAAUAUACAAGGAAACUUUAUUCUACUUUCACUUCGUUUUCAAAAUGCCUAAAAUUCGGAUACGAUUGUUCUAAGUUAGGUUUAAAUUUAACGGUCGUUUUCGUGAGUUUGGCCCGUCCUUGGUGAGACUUUUGUGCCAUACGUGUUUAAUUAUAUUAUCAACACUCUUGCAUGGGAAGUAUGACUAUAAUGGCAAAACAAAUGAAAAAAAACUCACUGUUAAGUUCAAAGUCAUAAAAACGACUUUAGUAUGAAAAUAUUUAGGUAAUAAAGCGUCGUAGCACGCGAAAUUGAACUUAAGAUGCCAGUCCUUUUAAUGACGAAGCGCUAUAGUCACGGAAGGAAGUGUGAAGGGUUAUUUUUGAAUGACGCCUCAUUUAGGAAAAUUCAGAGUAGGUUGUUACACCGGAAUGAUAUUGUGGAGCGUUAAUUGUAAUAUUAAGGGAUAUUUUUAUGAUAUUCAGAAGGAAUCUCAUGUUCAAGUCAUUAUUGGAUAGGUGAAUGUAGGUGUCUGUGAUGUUGUUUGAUUUUUUCAUGUUUCUUUUUACCAUUUCUGUUGUUUCGUAUUUUAAUUUCGACCCCACAGUGAUUCGUUGUAAUAUUUAUAAUUAAACUAAGGAGUACAUGUUUAAGCCACUAUAGUAACUUAGUUAAGGCAAUAAUUCCAUUUCUUGUAACACGAUUCGUCUAAAAUAGUAUCUAAUUAUGAUAGUUAACAAUUUAUCUUUAAUUUAUUGGAUAACUGAGUUGUUUUUCAAAAAGCUUUUUGUUAUUUAUGAAUAUUUUAAGAUCUUAUUUAUUUUACAUCCGUCCUUAAGUUUUAUAGCUAAAUCCAUUCAAGUUGUUAUUAAAUAUUUAUUACUUAUGUUUUUUCUGCUAAUCCAGUAUGUAACUAUUCUAAGUAUUCGUUCAUUGGCGUUCCAAUUAAAGUAUGUAUGUACGAAUUCUGGUAAAUAUAGUGUACUAGGUAACGUGUGUCAGGUGUGGUGCAUGUCCAUUGAUAAAAUAAAACAUAGAAAACACUAAAAAAAACAGUCAAUAGGUCUUUGGCAGUCUGUGGUAUUGAAAAAGCCUUAAUAAAACUGGUUUGUCUAAGAUCAAUGACCGUUACAAGAGCUAUUUAAAUGUAAUUAAAUUUCUCCAUAGUAAUCAUUACUUACUUAAAAAAAUGUAAAAAAAAACUUUACUCCUAAGAAAAUUUACAACAUGUCAAGAAACAGUAGCAAAUGAAUAUCUUAAAUAUUAAUAUUUUUCCAACAACUGAGCCAAAUUUGACUGCCAAAUACCUAUCUACAGAUAAUGAAUGUCACGUUGCUAAUGAAUACAGGCUCUUCAGUAACCAUAUGUAACUCACGUUUGUUACUUACUAAUCUAUUGUAAAUAUACCCAAUUAUAAAAAAAAAACUUUCGUAUAUACAA